CCCGCGCCCCGGCCGGCGAGCGAGCGAGCGCGGCGGCGUGUCGGCGAGCGCGGCGGCCGAGCCAUGGGCGACAAGAAGAGCCCCACCAGGCCGAAGCGGCAGCCGAAGCCGUCCUCGGACGAGGGCUACUGGGACUGCAGCGUCUGCACCUUCCGGAACGGCGCCGAGGCCUUCAAGUGCAUGAUGUGCGACGUGCGCAAGGGCACCUCCACGCGGAAGCCCCGGCCCGUCUCCCAGCUGGCGGCGCAGCAGGCCACGCAGCAGUUUGCGCCUCCUGCUCAGUCCAAGAAAGAGAGAAGAGAGAAAGCAGAGAAAGAAAAAAGCGAAAAGGAGACAACUAGCAAAAAGAACAGUCACAAGAAAACCAGGCCCAGAUUGAAAAAUGUGGAUCGGAGUAGUGCCCAGCAUUUGGAAGUGACCGUGGGCGAUCUGACGGUCAUCAUUACAGACUUUAAAGAGAAAACCAAGCCGCCGGCUGCGUCCAGUGCUGCCUCUGCAGACCCGCACAGCCAGAGCGGCUCGAGCUCCGACAACACAGAGAGAGGGCUGUCCAGGUCGUCCUCGCCCCGAGGGGAAGCCUCCUCCCUCAAUGGAGAGUCUCACUAAAGGCUCAGCACUCGUCCUGGCCUGCAGAUACAGAGGAUGCCACGAGGCACCACGUUUUCAUGACACCACGUCCAUGCACAAUCCAUAAUUUGAGGUUGACACGAAACGGAAAUCUGUUAGAAUUUGUCAGAGUCUGUUGCAGUCUUCCAAGGCUUCAUGUUUCCAUCUCUGCAGUCAAGUGCCGCGAGGAUGUGGUUGGACAACUCCUUAUGCAGUGUUACUGGUAAAUUUAUUUUCACUUUUAGUUUAGUGAAUUCUAACACAUAAUUCUUGAAUUCUCUACUAUUGGCAUGUAACGAAUUUAAAUUUUUUAUAACAUAGUGCAAGCUGCCUAAAUAUGUAUUACUUGAAAAUUGUGAGACAAAUAGUUAUAUGUGUACAAGUCAAAGAUCAACUUAAUCAACUAUUGCUACAACAGGAUUUUCUUAAUGGUUCUCUUAAAUACACCUGCUGGUACUUGGUGUGGUUAAAUAGGAAAACUUAUUAAAUAAAGAAUUUGUAUGAACAUUUGCCAAUGUUUUUGACACAUUUUACUAAAUUAUUGUUCCUGAAUUAUGUUUCUGGCUUUAUGUUUUUGUUUGUUUUGCUUAUUUUUCAAAACAUUCAUUUAUUGUAAUGUUUACUAGCAGACUAGUAAACAACAAGCAUUGGUUAUUUAGCUUUGUGAUUCAGGCUUAGUGCUGUUGUCAUCGAACACUGGUAUUUUCUCUAUUAUAUAAAACAUUAAAAUUCAAAUAAUCGUAACAAUUUGGCAAAACAGAAAAUAAAAUAGUGUUGCCAUAUUUUCAAAGCUGCAAUUUUGGAAAAGCUUUAACUUGAUGGUAGGUUUAUCAUUGUUCACUUGCCCCACACUUACCAGGGUCACGAAGCACGAGUCCAGUGCAGAAAUGGGGACUGCUGCUCAGAGCUGCUCACAGCCGAAAAGAAAGGCUGUUCACUCAGUCCAGUCGGCUCCUCAGUAAGUCUACAGUGUAGGGAGAUCACAGAAUCCCCUUUCAGACCCAGCUGCCCGUUUCUGCAUUUAUCACUGCCCUGAAAUGGAGCAGUAGUGACAGCCCCACUCACUCUUAUGUAAAAUUACCAAUAAAAUAUUUUUAUGACUACAGAUUUUGCUUUUUUGUUUACAACAAAGUGAGGGUUUUUUAUGUUAUACUUGAAAAUCCAACCUGGAAACCACAUGGUACUUCUUAAAUUCUUCUAGGGUCUCCUACUUUUUAAAAAUUUUUUGUUCAGUAUAUGUUCAUCUAUGGGAGACUUCUGGAAUAUAAAUGAACUUAAAAUAUAACUUGAUAUAAAGUAUCACUUAAAAUCCGUCAUGAUAACAUUUCAAGAAAAAAAUAAAGCUGUAGACCUUG